AUGGAAUCUUCCGCCUACGCUGCAGUCGGCCACAAGAUCUACGUCCUCGGAGGCUUCGUCGAUGGAGGAUUCUCCUCCGACGUGUGGGUUCUCGACGGUCGAUUCCACACGUGGGAGCGCGGCCCGAGCAUGCAAAUGGCCCGGUGUGGCGCCUCGGCCGCGGUUUUUGGCGGUAAAAUCUACGUUGCUGGAGGAGGUGGUGGCCCAAGCUCAUCACAUGAAGGGACGCAUUGGGUUGAAUCGUUCGACCCAGAUAUCGGACUCUGGAAAUCCGUUCCAUGUCCAGAAGGGGUCCGAAACAAGUGGGUCUCGGACUGCGCCAGAGUGGGUGGCGGGGUCUGCGUUUGGGUUGGGGAAACCGGGUUCAAGCUCGAUCCAGAAACGAAGACUUGGGAGGAUUUUGAAAAUGAGCUGCCGUCGGGUUGGAAUGGUCAGAGCUGUGUGGUGAAUGGUGUUUUGUAUUGCUAUGACAGUUGUGGGAGGUUCAAAGGGUUCGAUGAAAAGAAUGGGACGUGGAAAGAGGUUAAUGGGGUGGUGACAGAUUUUCCUUCGUACAUGUCUGGAGCUAGGAUGGUGAACUUGGAAGAAAAGUUGGUAGUGGUUUGGGGUGAGAGUGAUUUAAAUGGGUCCGUUUUGCAUUUUGAAAAGAGGAGAAUGGAGUUACAGUUGGCUGAAAUUGAAGUGAAGAAAGAUAGAAACGGUGAUUUUUGGGGAAAAGUUGAUUGGCUGGGAAAUGUUUCAUUUCCGGAUUGGAUUUUAGAGAGUUGUCCCCUAUUCUACCAUUGCCUUUCGGUUUCAAUUUGAUGAGGCAUCGUUACCCAAACAGAGCUUCGACUUCUCCAGAUUUGGGUUGUUUUAUUUAGUUUUCAUGGUGGUUAUUUUUUGAAGUAUAUAUUUGAUCACUGAUGUGAUUUUAUGAUUUAUACGGUGUAAAAGUAGAAAUGAGAAUAUAACAUAUCCAUUAGUAAUAAAGAGAACAAUUCUUAUUACUGGAUUUUCAAAAUGUUGUAAUUUUGUUGUUAUAUAAAAUGG